AUGAUUGAUGACUAUGCGGCGCGAUUGAAAAGCUUGGCCAAGUUGUGCAAAUUCGGUGUGCUGGAGGAUGACUUGAUUACCUAUAAGAUUGUUACCUCUAACAAGUGGCCCAAACUGCGUGCUAAAAUGUUGACGAUGCAAAACCUAACGGAAGUGAAAGUUAUUGACUUGUGCCGAGCGGAAGAAAUCGCUGAAAAACAUGCUGGUGCGAUGGGUGCCAGUAGUGUUGACGUGAAUCUCGUACGGAAGCAGAAGAAUAUGAAGUGCAAGUACUGUGGAGAUCGGCACGAAUUCUCGAAAGGAGUAUGCCCAGCAUUGGGCAAGAAGUGUAACGUGUGUGGUGGUAAAAACCAUUUCGGAAAAGUUUGCAAAUCGGAUCGCAAGCAAAAAGGCAGAAGCGAAGGUAGAAGCCGAAGAAGAGUGAAGAAAGUGCAAGAAGACUAUAGCGACAUUGAAGAAAGCGGCAGUGCGACCAGUGAUAAUGAAGAAUUGGAAAGCAGUAGUGAUGAGGCUGUUAUCGGCAAGGUGUAUGAUUUUUCGGAGUCGGGAGGAAACGUGAUGGCUGAUUUGGAGCUAUUUGUUGGUGGAAAAUGGCAGAUGGUGCAAUGUGAGCUGGACACGGGCGCUAACACUAGUCUGGUUGGUUACGACUGGAUUAAGCAAGCAACCGGUUGUGAUCGUUUGAAGCUGCUUCCUUCGAAAUAUCGUUUGCAGAGUUUCGGAGGCGGCACCAUACCCGUCCUUGGUGAGAUAAGGUUGCCAUUUUGCAAAACUCUUGGCUUCAUCAAGUUUUGCAACUCGGUUUCGAUUGCUUCAUCACCAUCGGAAGAACAGCUGCUAAAUAUUUACCGUAUCAAGGCUCAGCAAAUUAUCAAUCAACAUAGCGGUAUAUUUGAGGGCUACGGUAGAUUUCCUGGUGUGGUCUCGCUGGAACUGGAUCCUAAAGUAUCUCCAUCAAUUCAGCAGCCACGUCGUGUACCAAUUGCGAUGCGAGACAAGCUGAAGAAGGAGUUGAAGAAGUUGGAGAAGGACGGACUAAUUGUGAAAGAGCAGCAGCAUACGGAAUGGGUUAGCAAUAUAGUUCUCGUGAAGCGAGGUGGUAAGGAUUCAGACUCAAUCAGGAUCUGUUUGGAUCCAAUACCCCUAAACAAGGCGCUGAAACGGCCAAAUCUGCAGUUUACAACGAUCGAUGAGAUAUUACCAGAGCUGGGAAAAGCCAAAGUGUUCUCUACAGUUGAUGCCAAAAAGGGCUUUUGGCAUGUGGUUCUGGAUCAACCAAGCAGUCGACUAACAACGUUUUGGACUCCCUUCGGAAGAUAUCGCUGGAUUCGUUUGCCCUUCGGCAUUGCUCCUGCACCGGAAAUCUUCCAGAUGAAGCUUCAAGAGGUGAUUCAGGACCUGGAAGGAGUUGAAUGCAUUGCGGAUGAUGUGUUGAUCUACGGAGUUGGAGAUACCCUGCAAGAUGCUCUUUUGAACCACAAUAGAUGUCUUGCAAAACUGCUAACUCGCCUUGAAGAAAAUAAUGUGAAGUUGAAUAAAACUAAGCUGAAGUUGUGCUUGACUUCGGUAAAGUUUUAUGGGCAUGUACUGACGACCCGAGGAUUGCAGCCCGACGAAAGCAAGAUCGAAACCAUCAAGAACUAUCCUAAGCCGGAAGAUCGGAAACAACUACAACGGUUCAUAGGGAUGGUUAACUACCUGAGUCGCUUUAUUCCAAACUUAAGCUCCAAUAUUGCGGUUUUGAGACGGUUGAUUGCAGUCAAGGAACCUUGGAUCUGGGAAGAGAAAGAAGAAGAGGAGUUCAACCGUGUCAAGUCUUUGGUUGCUGACACUCGAUCUUUGCAGUACUAUGACGUCAACCAACCCUUGAUAAUCGAAUGUGAUGCAAGCUACUUUGGUUUAGGCACUGCUGUGUUCCAGUCUAAUGGAGUGAUCGGCUACGCAUCUCGUACUCUCACGGCUACAGAGAAGAAUUAUGCACAAAUAGAAAAGGAGUUGCUAGCCAUUCUAUUUUCAUGUGUACGAUUUGAUCAGCUAAUCGUGGGUAAUCCGAGGACGAUUGUGAGAACUGAUCAUAAGCCGUUGGUGAACGUGUUCAGGAAGCCUCUGUUGUCUGCGCCGAAACGACUGCAGCAUAUGCUGUUGAGUCUGCAACGGUAUAACUUGGAGAUACAGUUUGUCAAAGGCAAGGAAAAUGUUGUAGCCGACGCCAUUUCCCGGGCUCCAUUGGAUGCAGGACAACCUGAGGAUCGAUUCAACAAGCGGAACAUCUAUCACGUGUUCAGACAGUUGGAGGAAAUAAACUCAAGCAACUUCCUCAAUAUCACCGAUGAGCGUUUGACGGAAGUUAUGCUAGAGACGGAAAAAGAUCCUUCAAUGCAACAGAUCAUCAGCUAUAUCCUUCCGGGCCGGAGUAGCGGUAUUCCUGCGAACACUUCCGGACUGCAAUACUCGGUCGUGCCGUAUAAGUUGCCCUUCCUGUACGAACGUCGCCGAUCCGAAGUCAAUCAGCUUGAUAUGGAAAUUGUGAUGCAGAAUGUUCAACGAGUGCAGGAAAGCAACCACACUAGCAAUCUGUCAAAAGAUCUAACAACCCAGCUUCUCCGUCAGCACGGGUCUUCGAUCGAUAAACUCGAACAGAUCCAUUCCGGAGCCUGGGAUUUCCAUCACAACCUGGAAGAACUUGUCGUUCUCGAACCAACAACAGGUACACUUUCAUCGGAAUUUCCUACUUCUCCUCGGUCUUAA